AUGGCUAUCACUGCCCCCGACAGCAUUUACCGCAAGGAGCGCAGCUACUACCUUGACCUUCUCGAGUCCCAGAUCGUGCAGCUCCGCACCGACCCCGGUCGUCGCCUUCACGUAGUCGAGCAGCUUAGAGAGCUUUCUCAGUUGACACCUGGCUCCAUUGAGGCUUCUCUUGUCGUCGGUGACACUCUCUUCCAUCAAAUUUGCUGCGAUCUGGAGCCUCUGUUCCUCGCCGGCGUUGUCUCUCUUUUGGGAGACACCGAUCCAGUCACUGAAUAUCAAGUCGCUGAUAUACUUGAGGCUGCAGUUCCCGCUGAGGUUCAAGACCCCUUCAACCACCCUGCUACAUGGUAG